UGUGUUUGUUUGAUGUAAAUAGAAGAGCUACUCGUGUAGCCUACUCGUGUUAAUGGAAAUGCUUUGGAGCGACUUUUCUGUUUAGGAACAAUCCCGAGAACAUGACGGGACAGAGAGCUGAUGAAAAUGAAAGUACAAAAUGGCUGUGAUAGAUAGCUGCGUUUUCUUUUGAAUAUAAAAAACAACAACAUCAUAACUAAAGUCUAGAGUGCUCAUAGGUAGCCUACAUCGUAAAAAAAAGAUCGAGUACGCAUCUCUGAAAUAACAUCCGAGUGUAUUCGAGUGUAGCUUACUACUGUUUGAGCUCAUACUGACUGUAUAAGAAUCAUAUUUUAAGGAGGUGCUCAAUGUCUUGUGUGUGUGUGAAUUUUAAUACGUGAAAUCAGUUCAGGGAAAUAGAAAGCAUAAAACAUAAAAGUAUAAAGUAGUUUGGAAAUGACAUGGAAAAAUACCAUGUGUAUAGGAGAGACUAAUUCUGAAUAAUGUCCCUAACAGCCCCUCAUAUGUUACUGAGAUUUCAUGCUCUUCAGCUGAUCAAAUUAUUUAUGCAUUUUCUGUGUGUUGAAGAACAGACAGCAUACCUGCUGUUACAAAACGAUCAAACAAGACCAGUAAAGUCACUGAGUCAUGUCUUGCCGGAGUUGUUGUUUUCAUUAUGAUAUGUUGGCUAUUUGCACCACAACAGGUGGCUUUGACCUUGUGAUAGCCUGCCACAGCGGUUUACACUUUGUUUUGUCAAGGAGGAGUUCUGUACCUGAUAACGCCACGGCUCUGUAUCUGUGCCAUAUUCCUAACACUGUACCUGUCAUAUCCUAUCCAUAGUAGAUGUAACUGACUUGGAAAUCAUUUUGUAGCGAUCACUUGAGUGAUACCUUUCAACAAUGAGAUUUUGUUGAUGUUUUGUAAGCUCUUUGUGGCCUUCGUAGUACCAUAGAGUAAAGAAGAUGUGAAAAUAAUAAGUGGAGGUUUUAUUUGAAGUUGAUUAGAUGUGCACGACAGGAAUCUGCACACAACUGGAAUAUGAGCUUAUACUAGUAAAAUUUUGAGUAAGGUAGGUUGAAUUCAGUUAUUGUAAAAGCAAUUCUUGUAUAAAUUAUCAUAAUUGUUGUGUUUUGUCUAGUUCAAUGACUGUACUAAAUCUAAUUUGUGCCUGUAAGAUACAGCAGGAGUUGUCUCUAAAAAUGGAUCCAAACGAGGAGACAGAAAGGAGUCCUGAUGGGGAACCGCCUGCAAAAGGAAGAGCAGCGUCUAUGUGUAGUGACGCAUCCAUGGAGCAUCGUAUUGUAUUUGCCAAAGAAGCAGCUGACAGUCCCUUUUAUUCGGAAAACACGCCUGCUUUUUCCUGUGCAUCUAUGAAAAGUGAUUCCUCCAUGGAGGCUCAUCAUGAGUGGUCAAACAAAGACUCUGAUAGAUCUUUUUUUAGAGACCAUCAUGGCUGCCCAGAGUUGACAGAGGUGGAUGGAAACGUCAUAUUCGAGUUGGUGGAAACCCACAUCAUAGACAGGGUUAAGAGUGAGAUGAAAAGGUACAAAAAUGUGCUCUUUCCACACCUACCACAAUCUUCUGAGAGUAAAGAGGAGAGUGAAGACAGUGAGGCCACUGAAGACAAAAAACAAAACUUGAGUACCAGUGAGGAAAUUCUGAAGAUGACUCUACAAGCCUUAAAUGAAAUAGGCCGACAGGAGAUUGCAAACAAACUACAGAAGUACAUUUACGGGGAGCUCGAUGUCUGCCAGCGAAAACUCAAACACAAACUUAAAAAAUUUGAAUACAUUUACGAGGGAAUAGCACAGCAUGGCAACCAGACUCUUCUCAACAAGGUAUACACUGAACUCUACGUCACUGAGGGAGUGAGUGGAGGUGUUAACGAAGAACAUGAGGUCAGGCAAAUUGAGGCAGCAACCAGGAGACCAGAAACAGAAGAUAAGCCAAUCAAAUGUGAAGACAUCUUUAAACCCAUGUGUGGCCAAGACAGACCCAUCAGAACCGUGCUGACAAGAGGAAUUGCUGGGAUUGGUAAAACUAUCUCGGUACAGAAGUUCAAUCUGGAGUGGGCAGAGGGGAGAGUUAACCAGGAUAUCCAUCUCCUUAUUAAUCUUCCAUUUCGGGAGCUGAAUCUGAUGAAGGAGAGAAAGUAUACUCUGACCCAGCUCCUUCAUCAGUUUCUCAUGGAGGCAAAAGAAUCAGGAAUUUCAAAUUUUGGCAAAUACAAGCUUGUGCUGAUAUUUGAUGGGUUGGACGAAUGCCGACUCCCCCUGGACUUCAGCGGUAAUGGGCCCUGCCGUUGUGUCUCAGAGGAGGUUUCAGUGGAUGUCCUACUGACGAGUCUCUUCAGAGGGAACCUGCUGCCUUCUGCACACAUCUGGAUUACCUCCAGACCUGCAGCUGCAAACCGCAUUCCAGGCCAGCUUAUCGAUCGUGUAACAGAGAUCCGAGGAUUCAACGACCCUCAGAAGGAAGAGUACUUCAAGAAAAAAAUCCCUGAUCAAACCAUGGCCAGUAGAGUCAUUUCACACAUUAAGUCAAACAGGAGCCUCCAUAUUAUGUGUCAUAUACCAGUCUUCAGCUGGAUAUCGGCCACUGUGCUGCAGAGGAUUUUAGAAGACACAGUGAGGAGAGAAGAAGAAGGCGAGGGCAGAAGGGAAAUGCCAAACACCCUGACAAAAAUGUACACACAUUUCCUGGUGUACAACUCAGUGAUCAGAGGGCAGAAGUACCCAGCAGGACAAGAGGCGUCUGAAGCACAGGACCAGGUCAAAAUGAAUGAAGAGAUCAUCUUGAAGCUUGGAAAACUGGCCUUUGAGCACCUCAUGAAGGGCAACAUGAUCUUCUACGAGAACGAACUGAAAGAGUACAACAUCAAUGCCAACGCUGCAGUAUACUCAGGGAUGUUGACACAGAUGUCAGGGAGUGAUUCUGGAUUCCAUCUGGAGAGGAUCUUCUGCUUUGUGCAUUUCAGCAUCCAGGAGUUUUUUGCUGCAAUGUACAUUUUUCACACAUUCGUCUGCUUCAACCAAAACCUGCUGGAACCACACGAAACGUCUGCUGUUGAAACUGCUCCCUGUGAAGUAACCGACCUCCUCAAGAGCGCCGUGGAUAAGGCCCUGCAGAGCGACAACGGACAUCUUGAUCUCUUGCUUCGCUUCCUUCUAGGCCUCUCACAAACAUCCAAUCUGACCUUGUUGAAGAGUCUUCUUACCAAAAUGCCCAACAGUCCACUAGGAAGAAAUGAGGAGAUUGCUGAGUACAUCAAGGAGAAGAUCAGACAAAACCCAUCCCCAGAAAGAUGUGUCAAUCUGUUCCACUGCCUGGUUGAGCUUCACGACCAGUCUCUUUUGGAGGAAAUCCAGAACUACCUGAGCUCAGGUAGGUUGUCAGAGACCGAGCUGUCACCUUCGCAGUGGUCUGCUCUGGUCUUUGUGUUGCUGACCUCAGAGGAAAAGUUGGAUGAGUUUGACCUGAGGAAGUAUUCAAGAUCAGAGGAGGGUCUCCGGAGGCUGUUGCCCGUAAUCAAAGAGUCCAGAGUAGCUGUGCUUAAAGAAUGCAACCUGACAGAAGAAUGCUGUGAAAUGCUUGCAGCAGCAGUAAACAGUUCCAUUCUGAAGGAGCUUGACCUGAGUGAUAAUGAUCUGCAAGAUGCGGGGAUAAAGUUACUUUCUGCUGGACUGGAAAGACCAACAUGCCAACUGGAAACACUGAGGCUGGCAUUCUGUGGGAUCACAGAAACUGGCUGUGGCCUUUUGGUUACAGCUCUGAGGUCCAACCCUGGCCACUUGAAAAAACUGGAUCUAAGUUACAAUCAUCCAGGGCAAAAAGGGAUGGAGAUGCUGACCUCUGUACAAAAGGAAAUAGCACAUCUUACUGUCAGGUUUGACAACAGUGGGGAGUGCUACUUGAAAUCAGCUCUGAAAAAAUAUUCAUGUGAGCUAACCUUGGAUCUGAACACAGCCCAUUCGUAUCUGUCUUUCUCUGAAGACAAAAAACAAAUGACACGAAUGGAAACUGCUCAGCUGUACCCCGACAGCCCGGAGAGAUUCACAGACUGGGGACAGGUGCUUUGUAGAGAGACUCUGUGUGGUCGUUGCUACUGGGAAGCAGAAUGGACUGGGGAGUGGGCCGGUAUAGGAGUGGCCUAUAAAGGAAUCAGCAGGGACGCCAAAGGUAACGAAUGUGCCCUCGGCAACAAUGAUCAGUCCUGGAGUCUGCGCUACUAUAAAGGCGAAUACUCCUUCUGGUACAAUAAGAACUACUCAACCAUCUUUGUUCCCUACUUCAACUCAAAGAGGGUUGGAGUGUUCCUAGACUGGUCAGCUGGCACUCUGUCCUUCUAUGCUGUAUCCACACACACCAUGACUCACCUGUACACUUUCCACACAAAAUUCUCUGAGCCGCUGUAUCCAGGCUUCAGACUGGGAUUCCCAAACUCCUCAUUAACCCUGUGCCAGCCGGGCUUAAACACCCACUCUAUAGAAAACAUGUAAACUGCAUUUGUGAAAAUAGGAUGGAGGAG